AUGCAAUCGAAGGAGAAGAACAAGAAGUCGGGCAAGGACACGAAGAAGACGGCCGGAUCGAAGGAGAAGAAAGCGGGCGGCUCAAAAGAGAAGAAGGCGGGCGGCGGCGCGUCGAAGGAGAGGAAGGCGUCCAAGGAGGGCAAGCACAAAGUUGAAGUCGAGAAGAAAUCGCCCGGAAACGAUGAGCCAAAAGCCGACGACAAACCGAAGGAGGAGAAGCCGAAAACGGACGAUGAAAAGGAUACAAGCAAGUCCAAGUCGGACCCGAAGUCCGACCGGUCGGACGAGUCGGUGAAAACGGAGCGACAACCCAAGAAGUCCAUCAUGCAGAAGCUCGUCGGCGUCUUCAAGAAGAAGCCGGCCGCCGGCAAAUUAGCGGAUGUUGACUGGGAUCAGCCGGACCCGUCGCCCGGCACGCUCAACCCGCAAGACAAAGCCCCGGAAACCGAUGGAGCCAAGAGCCCGGAGACGCAGCCCGCCCCCGAUGGUGCCGCCCCGCCAGCUGCUGCAGCUCCCGAGAAGUCUGAGAAU